AGUAGUAUUGCAGGUGACAGAGGAGUCAGUAGCACAGCACUAAAGGAGAGAGGCUUCUACAAUACACCUGUCCUCUGGUCACCUCUGCAGCAGAACAGACAAAAUGACACAGGAUUAUUUUGGGUUGUCCUUAGUUAGAAGUGUGCCUAACAAUGGCACCACGGCUCUCGACAACCCGGCGGAUAUCUCCGUCAUUGUGAUCUACUUUUUGGUUGUCCUGGCAGUCGGAGUAUGGGCUAUGGUGAGCACAAACCGAGCCACCGUAGGUGGAUUCUUCCUCGCAGGAAGAAGCAUGGUGUGGUGGCCAAUUGGGGCAUCCCUCUUUGCGAGCAACAUUGGCAGUGGGCAUUUUGUUGGCAUCGCAGGGACUGCGGCUGCAGGUGGACUUGCCAUUGGCGGAUUCGAAUGGAAUGCCCUUGUGGUGGUGAUCAUUCUUGGAUGGCUCUUUGUUCCCAUUUACAUCAAAGCUGGGGUGGUGACCAUGCCAGAGUACUUGAGGAAGCGGUUCGGAGGCCAGCGCAUCCGCAUCUAUCUCUCAGUGCUCUCACUCUUCCUCUAUGUCUUCACUAAGAUCUCAGCAGAUAUGUUUUCUGGAGCCAUCUUUAUUAACCAGGCUCUGGGGCUUAACAUCUACCUUGCUGUGGUUCUCCUGCUAAGUAUCACUGCUCUAUACACCGUCACAGGUGGACUGGCUGCAGUGAUCUACACAGACACAUUGCAGACCAUCAUCAUGGUCGUGGGAUCUUUCAUCCUCAUGGGUUAUGCCUUCAAUGAGGUGGGAGGUUAUGAGAACUUCCAGACGCGCUACAUGGAGGCCAUACCCACUCUGACUGGGGUCAACAUCAGUGAGAGCUGCUACACCCCUCGGCCUGACUCCUUCCACAUCUUCAGGGACGCGGUGACAGGGGACCUGCCCUGGCCAGGCCUGGUGUUUGGCCUCACUGUCCAGGCCACCUGGUACUGGUGCACUGAUCAGGUGAUUGUCCAGCGCUGUCUAUCUGCCAAGAAUCUUUCCCAUGUCAAGGCUGGCUGUAUCCUGUGUGGCUACCUGAAGCUGCUGCCCAUGUUCCUCAUGGUCUUCCCUGGCAUGAUCAGCCGAAUCCUCUACCCAGACGAGGUGGCGUGCGUGGAACCAGAGGAGUGUCUGAGGUACUGUGGGGCCAGUGUUGGCUGCACCAAUAUUGCUUAUCCCAAACUGGUGGUGGACCUCAUGCCAAAUGGUCUGCGAGGCCUGAUGCUGUCGGUGAUGAUGGCGUCUCUGAUGAGCUCCCUGACCUCCAUCUUCAACAGUGCCAGCACCCUGUUCACGAUGGACAUUUACACCAAGAUACGCAGGUCCGCCUCCGAGAAGGAACUCAUGAUCGCUGGGAGGGUGUUUAUCCUGGUUCUGAUCGGGGUGAGUAUAGCGUGGAUCCCUGUGGUCCAGUCUGCUCAGAGCGGCCAGCUCUUUGACUACAUCCAGUCCAUCACCAGCUACCUGACCCCGCCCAUCGCCGCCACCUUCAUGCUCGCCAUCUUCUGUAAGCGCAUCAAUGAGCCGGGUGUGUUCUAUGGCCUUACGAUAGGCCUGGCUAUUGGCUUAACCAGGAUGAUCAGUGAGUUUGCCUAUGGGACAGGAAGCUGUGUGACCCCCACUAACUGUCCAGUGAUCAUCUGUGGGGUCCACUACCUCUACUUCUCCAUUAUUCUGUUCUGUAUCUCCUGCCUGCUGAUAGUCAGCAUCUCCCUCAUGACCAAACCCAUCGACGACAAACAUUUGCACCGCUUGUGCUGGCAGCUGAGGAACAGCACAGAGGAGAGGGUGGAUCUGGAACUAGACAAUUGGAAAGAAAAUCAAGAACCUACCUUUGUGGAUAUUGAAGAGCCCACAGAGGAGCCAGGCUGUUGUAAGAAGGCAGUGUUGAGCUUCUGUGGCUUGGAGAAAUCGAAUGCUCCUAAGCUGAGUGCUGAGGAGCAGGCUGAGCUGCAGAGGAAACUCACAGAUACCUCAGAGAAACCCCUGUGGAGGAACGUGGUCAAUGCCAACGCCAUCAUCCUCCUGUGCGUCUGUGUUUUCUUGCACGGCUUCUACGGUUAAACAUCUCCUCAUACUGGACCUCCACUGCCCUGGACUGUCUAACCAUAAACUUGAGUAGCCUCCUCUUUCAACCCUGAAAUCGCCCCAGACUCACACGCCCACAAUGCACUGUAAAUUGCCACCUCUCUUACACUCCCUCCCUCUAUCCAUCAUCUGUACAGGUUGCUCUUAACCUCUUAACUUUGUAAUCUCCACACCCCCGCCACGUGGCUAAUGCUACGAACGCCUUACCUAGCUCCAUACCUGAACGACUGGCCUAGCUCCAUACCUGAACGACUGGCCUAGCUCCAUACCUGAACGACUGGCCUAGCUCCAUACCUGAACGACUGGCCUAGCUCCAUACCUGAACGACUGGCCUAGCUCCAUACCUGAACGACUGGCCUAGCUCCAUACCUGAACGACUGGCCUAGCUCCAUACCUGAACGACUGGCCUAGCUCCAUACCUGAACGUUCACUUUGAACUUUCUGUCCUUCUUGAAGUUACUUUAGUUUGUUAUAUUACAAACACCAGGUGGGGCUGCAGUAGGAAUAAACUUGCAUAAUUUAAGAUUUGAGGAGUAUCAUUACCAAGAUAACACUGUACAGCCAGUGGAUUUUAAGGCAUUGACACAUCAAAUGUUGUUGGCAAUAAGAGGAAAAAAGCCAAUACAACACAUAUACCUAUUGAACACGUAUGACAUGUAUCUGGUAGCUUUCUUUUACUUAAUUAAUAAAGUAUUCUACCUUAGUUCGAAAAAGGUUGAGAACUACCCUAUUUUUCAGAGAUAAGGGAUGGACUCACAAACUCA